CAACGACAGCGAUAGAAAUAGAGAGGGAGAGGGAGAGAAGAAGAGAUACUUAGCAUACCUUAGCAAAUGGAAGUGGGUUGCCAGCCAGUGAUUAGCUGCAUUCGCAGAGUAUGAAGAUGGAAUAUCCAAUUGCUUAUCUGCUCUGAGGGGAAAAAGGAGGAGGAAAAUAUAUAAAUAUCUAUUGAAAUACACAACAAUAAGUUCCAACUUCUUCAAAGCACGAGGAGCAAGAAGACAAGCCGCCUGGCACACAUUGUGCAGCUCUGGAGAGGCUGCUGAAGCCAUCGACAGCACUGCUUGCGUGGGGGAUCAUCGUGGGGUGCGACAUCCACACGAGAUAUCAGAGUCACAUUCCCCACUGCUCCCAGCAAGAUUCUGCUCCCACGGAGUGACAACCACACUGCCCAAUACAGCAGGGAGUCAUCAGUAGAGCAGCGUAUACUGCCUGUGGGGUAAGGUGCUCUGUCCUGCGUGGGUCCAUCAUCCCUUUCACUAUGGUUACUACGAGAUGUCCACCUCCCACCAUUAUAACGUGCAAGAAAAACAACAUAAAUAAGGCUUUUCAUUUAUCCUGUAUGAGAUUCACCUUGAUGUACGAGACAGAGAGGGGGGGAUUAUGAAGGCUGUGUGAUUAUAAUGCUAAUCUAGUAAUCCCGUGUUAAUCUAGUGCUGGGUGCAGUGAAUAACCCCAAGGAAAGCAGGCUGAAUGGGCAUUCCGACCGUGGAAUUCCAUGGCUUUCACUGCCUGUAAGCUGUGCAGUUAUUUACUAUUAGAUAUAUACAUCCAUGGUGAAACUGUCAGUAUUCCUGCCAGAUGUACUAACAAUAAUAAUGAUUUAACCUACAAAAGUAUAUACAUCAGUAAACACCAAUUUAUAUUUUGUAUACAUAUCCUACAGGUUUCUGUCUGUGUAGUGGCUGCUCAUGCAGUGCAGGCUGCAAUGCCCACCUGCCUGUGUGUGUAUAUUUGUAUAUAUAUAUAUAUAUAUAUAUAUAAAUGCGUGGGGAUAUUUUUUUAUCUAUAUAUACACUAUAUGCAAAUAUACAAAGACAGACAGGUGGGGGGGCAAUACCCAUCCAUCCAUUCAGUUAAUUGUAUGGGGAGAUCAAGAGUGUGCAGAUCCCCUCAAUUACGCAGAUUCUUAGGUUUUCCGAAACUUAAAAAGAGGGAAGACAGGACCCUGCAGCCUCCGUGCUGUCCGUCUCUCUCCUGCAGCCAGCCACACACACAUACACACACAGCAGGAGGCAGUACACUGUGCGAGAGAGAGAGCAGGGAUUGCCUGAAAUGCCAUGUCCCCGCCCCUCCACACAUGCUGAUGCUGCUGUGAUGGCUUGCAGGAGGAGAGACAAGGAAGGUAAGAAUCCUUCAGAGCUCGGCCAUGCUAAUAGGGUUGGUUGUUGAGGGAUUUGGGAAGGCAGCAACUGUGGGUGAGGGGCUAAUUGUGGAGUAGACAGAAACUCCUACUAUUCUGCCCAGCCCACUGUACUCCAUCUCCCACUAUUCUGCCCCAGCCCAACUACCCCAUCUGCUACUAAUUUGCACCAGACCACUAUACCUCAGAGCCCACUACCCUGCCCCAACUAUCAAUUUCAACUCUCACUAUCCUGCCCCAACUGUUCACUCCAACUCUCACUAUCCUGCUCCAACUAUCCAGUCCAACUCUAACUACACUGCCCCAACCCACUCUAUCCCAAUUUUCACUUUACAUCAGCUCCCACUAUCCUGCACCAGCCUACUACAAAUCCCACUAUCACAUUUUAGACCAUUCUACCAUAACUCCCAUAGUCAUGUCCCAAAUCAGGCUAUUCUUCCUCAGCCACUCUACUUCUAACUCCUACUAUCCUACCACAGCCUACUCCGCACCAACUCCCACUAUCCUGCCCUAACCCACUUUACUUUAACUCCCAAAAUACUGUCCUAGCCCCUCUACCCCAACUCACUAUCCUGCUCCAGCCCACUCUAACUCUAUUUCUCACUAUCUUACCAUAACUCCCACUAUCCUUCCCCAGCCCACUCUACCUCAACUCUCAUUAUCCUGCCCCCAACUCACUAAAGCUCAUCUCUCAUAUUCUGCCAAAACUCCCAAAAUCCUGCCCUUGCCCACUCUACCAUAGCACACUAAUAUUCCCCAGCCCACUCUGUCCCCAACUUCUAAUACAGUCACAGCCAUCUUUCUUACUCCAGCCUACCACAGCUCUCACUAUGCUGUGCCAGCCGACUCUACUCAAACUACCACUAUUAUUCUACUUCCUCACUCACAAAGUCACUAAUCCCAUUCUCAUUCUCAUCCUACAUGAGCCAAACUAACCACUUUAUUGGAACUCCCACCACUUCCCUGCCCAUCCCACCCCAUCCAGAAAUCUCACAGUAAACUAUACAAAGACAGUGCACGGAUCAGGCUACAUUCUAUCCCCACUGCCAAUUGCUCUUCGUAUGUAGUAACUCCCAGUACCCAUAUCCACCACUGUUCAAUAUUAAAAUAGCUGGAGAACCAAUACAUACACCCCUUCAAGCACACAUUGCCUGUGUCAAAUAAUAAUUAUUUUUUGGUGGUUAUUUUUUUUUAUUUAUUAUUAUUAUUAUUAUUUGUUGGCGCUUUACAAUUAUAGAAUGGGGAUAUCUGAGAACAAGAAGUGAAAAAGUCAUGACUCUAACGAGCUCACCAUCUAUGAGCAAGGGGCAAAGACAAACAAAAGGAAGAACAGCACAGCUGUGGUUAGGAUGGAUUGAUGGAUAAGAUGCCAGUGUCAAAAUAAGCUCGUCAAAGUGGUGUGUGGAAGAGAGUCUAUAGCAGAGACGGAACAACUGGAAUAAUGGAUAGCAUAAUGUAUUUCCACUGAUGGACAUGCACUGCACAAAGAUAGACCCUUGCGCUGCCAUGUGCUCACAUUCAACAUUUAUAACCUUCAUGCAUUUUGAUGCAAGCCUGCAUGAAUGCUGCUAAUAUAUAUGCAAGUAGAAAUGCAGGAUUCUUUUAUUAAACAGGAAAUUGUUAUUGUAGAAGAAUUGACAAGGGGAUCAAAAAUUUUAGGCAGAGUAGAGCUGAAAUAGUACAAGUUUUUUUCCAGUUCAUUAAUUUUGUCCUAAAUUUUUAAAAGUUUUAUAAAUACCAGAGUGUUCAAGGACCAUUAUAGUGUGUACAUUUAUGCCUUUAUAAAACCAUGUAGUUAGAUGGAUGUAUGUCUGUAUUGGUGGGGACUCGGGAGAUUAAGGAACCGCGCACUCAUAAAUUACAUUUCUAAAUUCUAUAAGGCUACUUAAAAUCACUCAUCUUGGCAAACAAAUAUGGGGAUUCCAUAUUGCCAUACUGUGUUAUGCAAACUGCUACUUCACAGUACCCCAAAAUCGGUGGGUCCUAAACUAACUACAACAUAGGAGUUAAAUCAAAUAGUGCUGGUACUAAAAAAUAUGAAGUAUAUUUAAAUAAUAUGUUUGUAAGAGCAUUGUGAAUAAAUGUAAUACAAAAUUAAUGUGAUAAAUGCAAUUAAUAAAAUUCAGUGUUAAAGCUAAAGAAUUAAAGUGAUAGUGCUUUUAUCGUUAUACUCACAAUGGAAAUUAAAUAUUUGCUCAAUGAAAAUUAUAAUUGAAGUGACAUUACUAUCCAAAACCUCCUUAAUGUGUAUUACGUAAAAAUGUUGGUCACUACGUCAGCAUUAUUCCUGCAAGAUGCAUGUUCCGGGUGUGCCCCCAGUUCCCUUUUGUUUUUACUAUAUUGGUAGGGAGGCACUGUUACUUGUCCCCCCAGAUUAUUUUGUAUGUAUAUAAUGUUAUUGCCACUCUUGUAUCCCCGCAUGCUGAGUUAAAAGGACCCUAUAGGCUCCCCGCCCACUUCACCUCAUUGAGGUGGUCUGGGUGCAGUAUCCCUGUCCAUUUAAAGGAGCACUAUAGGGUCAGGAACACAAACAUGUAUUCCUGACCCUAUAGUGUUAAAACCACUAUCUAUCCCCCUUUCCCCCUUUGUCUCCCUAAAGAUAGUAAAAUCAUACUUGUAUUCAAGUCUGAAGCUGCUGCCUCUGCCUGUGAACUUCCUCUGACAUCAUCAGAAGUGGUGACAUGUAGGUAGUGGAAGUGCACUCAACCCAACGUCAUGGAAUCCUGGGUGCUGUGCUGGAAACAAGGCAGUUUUAUUGGACCCAAGAACCAGAAAGCAACGUUACGACCCCUUAGGGCCUUUGACAAUCAGAAGUGGUGGCCUGAUCCAAUCACACUGCUUCCCCAUAGGAUUGGCUGAGACUGACAAAGAGGCAGAUCAGGGGCAGAGCCAGCACAAUUCAAACACAGCCCUGGCCAAUCAGCAUCUCCUCAUAGAGAUUAAUUGAAUCAGUGAAUCUCUAUGAGGAAAGUUCAGUGUCUGCAUUCAGAGGGGGGGAGACACUGAAUGUUUGGAUGCAUUUUAGGCAGCGAUGUCCCAAGAAGGAUCUCUAACAGCCAUCUCAGGAUUAGCCAGUGAAGUUAUCACUAGGAUGUAAUGUAAACACUGCAUUUUCACUGAAAAAAUACAGUGUUUACAGCAAAAAGCCUGAAGGUAAUGAUUCUACUCACCAGAACAAAUUCAAUAAGCUGUAGUUGUUCUGGUGACUAUAGUGUCACUUUAACCCUGCAAUCUAAAACAUUGCUAAUUCAGAGAAACAGCAAUGUUUAUUUUGCAGGUGGCCAUACAGCCACUAGAGGCAAUUUCCUGCUGUUUCACAGAAUUUAAGAAGGUGAAACGACGCUGGACGUCCUCAUGAGGGACUUUGGUGCUGGAAUCGGCUACGUGUUUAAAUGGUUUUAAGGGAAACAAAGGGACACUAUAGUGUUAGUAAUACAGUCUUGUAUUCCUAACACUAUAGUGUCCCUUUAAAUGUUUCCCUAGUAUCCUGCCUGACUGCUUGUGCACAGUAGGUUAUUUUUGCUGACUACAGCCUGCAUGGUGUACAUUACUGGUAACAUGGUUUCUGUUUCUCUUUCCUAGUUCUGCUCGGGUAAGGACAAAAUCAGGAGCCAGGACAAUCCAAUUGCACACUGUAUUGUAUGGUGCUCUACUUGCCGUUCCAUACACCGGAUAGGGACAAUAUUCACUGCUGAAAGAUCGUUACAGAGUCUAUACAGAGACUGAGGACUCGUCAUACAUUUACCCUGUACUAUUGUGUAUAAGGUGAAAGCAGGAUGAUGACCAGCACCACUACUGACCAUGUGAAGAUGGAACCUCCCUUUUACCAUGAGGAAACCCUCAACCUCCAGGAUUUUAGUCAGAUCGCAGCAUACAGUGCUGGCUCUCCGGAAGGGACGCCAGGAGCUCUCCGUACCUCUGUGGGGGAGCCUGUGGUCAGAUACCCCCCUGACACCAAACUGAUGAGCGUCAACAUUAUUCUCCAAAGCACUGGCCUAAAGAAGAAGAAUAUAGCUGCAGCCUCUGUGCCUCUACCUGUGCUCCCUGCUGGCUUCUCCGAGGUGAUCACACGUGGUGGUGACACUCUCAAGCUGCUGCAGGUAGGAAAUGGGGGCCCUACCAUCACAGACCCCACUGGAGCUGCCCGGGAAGUGUCGGUGGGGAAUACCCAUACAUCAGCUGUGCCAGCUGUGGUAGACGCAGGAGUCGUUGUGACUGGGGGAAGCGUUAGCAGUGGUGGGGCAGGCAGUUCUGGUGGUAGCUCCUCCAGUUCUGAUCUGUCUCUCCUGCCUAACGCUUCCUCCACAGCUGCCCUGAAUCUGCUGAAACUGUCCCCUCCUGAGCUGGAGCAUUUACUUAUCCAGGCAGCCAGCCCAGGGCUCUCAGCCGCCUCCAGCAGUAGCAGUGCCCCCAGCCCUGCUCCACUUCCUCAACCCCAGGGCACCCCAGUACCUCCUGUCCCCGGUGGCCCCCAUCCCUUCCUGUACCGCAACCAGCAGAUGAUCACACAGGAGCAGGAAGGCUUCGCUGACGGCUUUGUCAAGGCCCUGGCCGACCUCCACAAGCAGAACCAGCUCCUGGGGGCCCCACUGUCACCUACUGCCCUAGCUGCGGGCUCCCCAACAUCCUACCCAGCGCACUCCCUGCUUCCAGCCGGGGAGGUUCCCGUCUACACCAACUUGAGCAGCUUCAACCCAGCCAGUUCCCAGCACAGCCCCCCACUCCAGCAAGCCACCCAGGCACCAUACACUGCAGCAGGGAGCUCAGCUGGGACUGUGCUGCUCCAUUUCCCAGGGCUUCCCCGUCUGCACACUGUAAGGGGGCCCCUGGAUGAGCCGCAGACAGUUCCUGAUGUUUCACAAGGUGGUGCCCAAGGUGGUGGGACUACUGCAGGGAGUAGUGCAGGGGACUCAGGCUCCCAGCCGUCUCUGUCGCCAAUCGACCUAGAGACUCAGGAACGGAUUAAGGCUGAGAGGAAGAGGCUGAGGAACCGCAUUGCCGCCUCCAAGUGUCGCAAGAGGAAGCUGGAGCGCAUCGCCCGCCUAGAGGAGAAGGUCAAGGUGCUUAAGUCCCAGAACUCAGAUCUGGCAUCCACUGCCAGCCUGCUAAGGGAGCAAGUUUCCCAACUCAAGCACAAGGUCUUGAGCCACGUCACCAAUGGCUGUCAGAUUACUGUGGCCAAGAGCAGCCCUGUUGGGGGCAAGGCCGGGGACAGUUCCAGCUGCUGAGAGGCCUCCACAGCAAGACAAAGCUAACUGGGUAUCAGUAUUAGAGUCACUGAGACUGAAACAGUCACAAAUGGGUGAUCCACUGUAGUAGAAGAAGGGUCUGAAGUGCAAACUUUAUGUCGGGCAUGAAUGUUAACAUUUAAAAAAAAAUAAUAUUUAAGCAAACCUAAUGGUUUGAGGGGGGGGGAGGGAACUGGAGGAACAUGUAAGCUUCUGAAGCUGCAACAGUGAAGGAGAUCGAGAAGCCAAUGAGUGAGUGGGAGGCUUACACUGAACAAGUGUAUGUGUCUGAGAAACAAGGCUUGGGCCUGGACUGCUACCUUCUUAUCUGAAAGAAGAGAUUGUGAUACUCACUGAGCAGGGCAUGUUUUCUUUUUCUACUGUUGGUUUCUGGAGAAAAAAAAAUAAAGGUGGCUAUAUACUGAAGAUGUGCUAGAGCAAACAAAAUGCCUGAAAGAUCAACACAAUUAUUUACCAAGAGGACCAUGGAGUGACAAAAUAGCUUUUAAAAAUGAAGCUAGCCAACCCCACCCAGACUUUUUUAUUUUACAACUUGUUGGACCAGUUUGGGAACCCAACCUUGUAUUCAAAAAUGCAAGGGACCUAUGUCUAUUAUUGUGGCUAGUGAAAAGAUUGAAUUUCCUGAUGUUGUUACAGAACAAUAUUUAAUCUUAUUGUUCUAAGCCUGGGUGUGUUACUGGAAGAGAUUAUAUGAGAUGUAAAUAGGAGCAUAACGUAUGCAAAAUAUUUUAUUAUACUGUCCUGUGCCAACAACAUUAUAUAUAAGUUCAGAGUGACCUUAUUUAGCAAAGCAGGCAUUUUGGAUUAUGUGUGUCUGCCUGUUUAAAAGGAACACUUCACUAAAUAACUAAUUUUAUUCUUGUGUUUAUUUUUGAAACCUUCAUAAAAACAGGAAGAAUAGCUUAUCCUCCCAAAUCUGAUUUGAUUGCAUAGAAACAUGAAUUUGUUGCAACAAAAUUAACUAAAAUACUGGAAACCUAUAUUAUGUUUAAUGCCAGCAAAUUGGUGAUGGUAUUACUAAAUUCUGUUCGGGUCUGUCUACUGAUUAUUGUCUUUGCAAAAUCCCACUGAAACUUAAAAGGAGCACUGGCAAAAUGAUAUUUUUGGUUGUUAAAUUAUAGUUAUAUAUAGUUAUAAUUAAAGAGAGGCUGUCGAUUACUUUUAAUGUUUUACUACCAUGUACAUUGAUAAAACUGAGACCGACAUAAAAGAACAUCCAGUGUUGCAAUUUUAUUUUAUGGCAACUACAUGGAUUUAUAAAAUGUAUUCACAAAACAAAGUUCAAUGAUAACUACAAUAAACUCUUUAUAAUAUCGUACCUACCGAGAUGAAGUUUAUGUGAUAUGGUACAAUUAAGGGUCUAUAUUGCAGCUGGUUUUAUGUAGUACACUUUUUUAUUACUUUGUAUUAGGAACAGAUUGGGUCAUUGUGUAAGCAGACUUGGGGGACUUAUUCAGAGUCGCGUCAAGUUAACAGUUUAUGGGCUUAUUCACUAAACAGUGAAAGCUUACACCAAAAUGGCAGAUGUUACUUUGGCCUAGAUUUAUCACAUCAACUCAGCAGAUGUGUGCCCUUAAAAUUAAUCUUGAUAAAGUCGAAAUGUUUUAUAAAAGAAUUUUGUAUAUAAAUGACAUUAGUAGACAGACCUCUAUAGAAUUAAAUGGAAAGUUAUAUUUGCGUAUUACUGAGAAAUUGUGGGGUUUUUUUUAAAUGCACUUAAGUUAACUAAUGGUUGAAAAUUGGGCCAUUUAGACUUGUGAUAAAUGCAACAUGGAUGCCAUCACAAAUUCGAGUUUUAGGCACAGUAUAUUGGUUGAUAUAACAAUGAGUUACUAUUAAGUGCUUUGACCGAGAUUCUAGUUUUAUUUAUUAUACUCAGUCUGAAGCUAGACGUUGAGUAUUAUGUGUCUUGAGAUUUCUUGACAUUGCACUAAGUUUUAGAUGUAUUUUUGUACAACUUAGUUAUGUGUACCUUGCUACGCAAAUUAUUUAAAAUGUUAUUUAAGGAAAAAUAAAGACCACAUCUAAAGAAAUGAUUUUAUGGCUAAAUUGUGGGUAUAAUGGUUUUAAGUCAGGGUCUGACUACAAAAUAUCUUGCGCAGAUAAGCUUUAUCAAAAGAUUGUGUGUACAAAUGUAAAGUUUUACUUUAGAAAUUGGAACAUUUACAUGCAGAGGUGACCAAGCAAUUGAUAUGUAUCACAUUUUGAAGUGCUAGUGCAGCAGCCCAGAUGUUUCAAAACGACAUUAACCUUGAAGGCUGUGUAAGGAUCAUGGGAAACAUAGUUCAUAAACACCCGGAUGCUAAUGGUACCCAUCACUGACUCAGAUCACCUCACAUUACAGAACAAUCCAAUGCUUCUUAAAAAAAAAGAAAAAAGUACAAUGCAGACAUGUUGCCUGGUUACCUCCAUCACAUGUAAACAAAGAUGGUUGAUAUUUGACAGAUUGUUUUUAUGGUAUAUAUUUAUUUUCUAAAUAUAAACUUAAUUGUAUUUUUGCUAGAAUUUGAUAAAUAGUUGUAAAGCUAGUAACUGCACAUUGUAUUCAUUUGCAAUGCAGACAUUUGCGAUUGCCCAGAGAAUGAGUGGAAAUGGUCUUUAAAUGGGAAGUGAAAAUAAAGAAUAUUUCACGUAAAAAAAAAAUCUGCAGAAAUGGGUUUCAGUUUCAAGAUGUGUGAAUUUCUUAAUUUCUUUUCCUUUAUUUUCCAUUCACACUAUGGGCAUUGGUAUUUUAUUUAUUUAUUGAGACUUGAAGAUUUUUUUGGGAUGUCAAGUAAAAGUUAUAUUUUUUAUAAAAAAAAAAAAAGAAAUUAAGAAAAAAACAAAACAGUUUAGAUGAGGCAUGUUUAAAAGGGAAGCACAGUGUACCACAGCUUCCACUCCGUCUCAUUCUCUUACUGUACAUUCCAGCUGGGUGUGCUAUUUGUGAAGUUGAAAUUACAAAUCAGCACUUUGAUAAAUGAAAAGCUAAGGGCUUACAUUUUUUCCUUCAUUAGUUUUCUUCUAAGUUUUUGAACUAGCGUGAUGAUGAUUUUACAAUUAAGACAGUCACAUUGCUGUGGUUACUGUCGCCACAGAACACGCUAAGUGAAAACUUUCAGAGAUGAGUAGGUUUGUUUUUUUUUUAACCUCUUAAGAGCCAAUCGUAGUUUAUAACAUCAUAGCAAUCAGUUCUUUAACAAUCCAACUCCAGAAUGGAAUGAUCCACUCAUUUAAGAACUGUAAAGAGCUACCAUGAAUCAGGAGGACAUCCCAUUUUGGCAAACGGACUUUAGAGACCACAUUGUAUCAUUUAUUCGGUCCUUAAGGGGUUACCAGAUGUUAGAAUUGUCUGUUAAGAAUUUGUUUUACUAUGACAACCUUGCUAUAUUUAAGAAUUGAAGCAAAAAGGGAAUUUAUGCUUUUUUUCCCCUUGCAGGUUUGUUUUUUCGCAGUGGGAUUGGGGUUUGUUUUUUAUCUUUUGAUGCUGUUUAUUGUAGAUAUUACUACAGAUAUAAGUUCAGUUGCAGUGAUCGGCGUAAAUCCCAUACCAGCUCACUUACGGUUAUGUGUAAUGUGUCUUUUUGAAAAUGAUGAGUCAAAGUUAUAUUUUAAUGAAGUUGUAAUACCAGACUCUUUUUUUUUGGCCCUUGUGUUGUGUUGUAUUAAAGUUGAGAAGCACUCAGCUUGUAAUCUAGACCUCACGCUUUUUCUGUAGUAACAAACAUUGUGGAACAAGAAGUAUUCAAGUUUACUGUAAAGUAAUGUUAAACUGUAAUUACUGUUGUGAUAGUGAAUUAUGGAAGUUGUUGUAAAAGCAAAAAGAAGCUUAUACCCAGAAAGAAAUGUUGUUUUGUUUUCUUUGUUUAAAAAACAAAAACAAAAAAAAACGAGGUACUAAAUCAGAUUAUUGUGACGUUGAAAAGUGGAAUCUCUUGUCACUUGCUCAUUUUAUGUUAGUUAUUUUUUUUAGUUGUUUAUCUUUUCUCUUUAAGAACAGUUUUAAUAAAAAGUGAGAUGUUUUCAAAUGGUAAAUUUGACUAAACAACUUCUGCAGCUGGAUAUUUGAUGUAAUAUCACAUGGGUAAUAUAGAGGUAGAUUGUUAUAGCUUCAAUGGAUCCAAUAUAAAAUUUGUGGUGAGAUAACUUGUUAAAAUAAACACAAUGGUCUGUGUAGCAUGUUGCUUCUGAAGUAUUGUUUUGGAAUUCCCAUUGUCAUCUUGUCAUGAUUUACUGUUUAGCGAACAGAUCCCAAAAUCUUUAAACAGUUAACAGUGCACACUUAUAGGGUUAUUGACAAAAUUAUCAGGAAUUUAAACUGAUUUUAUAGGAAAUUUCUAAUUCUAGGCUGGAAUAGCAAAUGAAAAUGAUCUGUUUUGGCCUUUAUUUUUAAAUUCAAUUUGAACUCGCUUUGAAUUCCCAACAAUUGACACAGUGAAUAUUGUGAAAGAAUCUAUAAAUUGUGUAAACAUAAUGUUUGCUUCUGUACUGAUUGUUACAAUCAGUGUCAUGAUAUCAUGAAAGAAUUUCUGAGUGGACUAUUCUGUUGUUAAAAUUUAUUUUCAUAGAUAGAUAUUACUUCUAAAUAUGACACGUUUACUUACCUCACUAACAGGGUUAUUCACUUAAUUCCUGAUUUUAGAAAAUGAACAUUGAACGGGGAAAUUAAGGCUAAUAAUAUUUAGAAGAAAAAUCUCCAACUCCGCUCCAACCCCGGCAGUUUUUGGCUACUGUAAUUUCACUUACAGGGGCUCGGCUACUAGUAGUCAGCUGACGCUCUCAGCCAAUAAGUGACUCCCCAGUCACUACACUGGCUUUGAAAAGGUAUGUUGCUGAGGGGGCUGACACCAGCACCGGAGGCUACUUUGGAGUUAAACUGUUUUAAAUUGAUUUAACCCUAGAAUGUACUAUUUCUCCAAGGGGACUCCUAGCACCAGAAGCCUUCACACCAACUUAAUUUAGAUGCCUAACAUUAUUUGGCUUAUAACUGACUAAUUAAUGCUCCCUGCACUUACAUCAUAGGAGGAAAUGUAUUUAUUUUCUUCUUUGCUGUCCAACCACACGUCAAUUUGUGCAUGAGGCAUGUGCACACUGGCUGGACAUCUCUACCAUAUCUUUCUAUUUAGAGAGCCUGAACUGAGCAGUUCUGAUGUGUGGGACUGUGGCUGGGGCUAUAUAUCUCUUAAAUGUCUGUUGGGCACAACUUAUGUGCACGUGCAUCAUGUUUUUAUUAAGUGUUUUGUGAAUUCACUAGUCAGGUUUCACUUUGGAAAUUGAAUAAAAAUCUUAGAAUUAUCUUCAGUCCAGUUUGAGCAAAUCUCGGACUAAUUGUAGUGGUCCCCAACUCAUUUAGUAACACCAACAAUUCAGGGCUGUUUGCCAUGUCUGCUCCACUGGGGUUACUAACACAAACUGGACCAUAUGUGUCUCAUGUGGACUGGUUUGGAAACCACCACCCAAGUGAAUUGACUGCUAUAAGUCGAGGAGCAGUGGCCUCACAUAUUACUGCUUGCCCGUAAUGUGUAUGAUAACUGUAUUUAUUUGCAUCCUUACAGUUUCCAUUCCCUGUAGUAAUGUAUGAGUUAAUUAAUUUGUCUUCACAGUUUAUAAUAAAGCAGUUGGUUAGUCCUAGAACUGCAUGAACACACCUGUUGUUUUAUAUGGACUUUACACCUAUUAGCACAACAGUGCAAAGUAAUACUUUUGGUUAUAUAAAUAUAACGAAGCAUUAAAGAGGAACUGUCACUUCCUAGUAUUUGUAAUAUUAUUUUCUUAUACCUAUAUUUAGCAAAUGUGCAUUUGUGAUCUGCACAAAAACAAAUUAAAUGUGGAGUUUUAAAGGAUCACUAUAGUGCCAGGAAAACAAACUCAUUUUCCUGACACUAUAGCAUCCAUAGGACCCCCCCAGUUAAAACCCCUUCAGUUACUUACAUUAAUCCAGCGUUGGGCUCCCUUGGUGCUGGUGACCUCGCCUCCCCCGCCGACGUCAGCUCCAAGAGCCGCACGCGCAUUUAAACAGUCCAUAGGAAAGCAUUUUUCAAUGCUUUCCUAUGGACGUUCUGCACGCUGGAUGCGAAUUUCGCAUCCAGCGUCGCAGAAGUGCCUCUAGCGGCUGUCAGGAAGACAGACACUAGAGGCUGGAUUAACCCCAAAUGUAAACAUAGCAGUUUCUCUGAAACUGCUAUGUUUACAUCUGAAGGGUUAAUACCUGGGGGACCUGGCACCCAGACCACUUCAUUGAGUUGAAGUGGUUUGGGUGACUAUAGUGUCCCUUUAAUUAAAUAUGGUUGCAAGUUAGCUCCCUGCCAAUCAUUGUUAUAAGCUCUGCCCUUUGCACCUGGCAGUUGUCAGCCUAGAGAAAAUUUACAAAAAGAGGAGAAAUAAAACAAUGUUUCUAUUUCUCAGAUUUAUUUGCAAUGUUUGCCCUGGAUUAUGAUGUCAUUUGCUAAACCUUUUUUUUUUUUUUUUCUCAAAAGAAACCAGAGCAUUUUAUGGAAAAAAGAUUACCACAAGUUAUAGGUGGUUGUCAAUGUUUUAUUCAAUGGUGUAAUAUUCAGGAAAGUGGAUUUUUGGAGGAGAUUUAUCAGUGUUCUGUUCUAAAAAGUGUGUAAAACUGUAAAAAGAGUGGUGUCAAAAAUGGAAUGUCCCUGCUGGUUCCACUAAUUGCUGGUUGUAAUUGCCCCAAUUUUAGUACAUUAGAUGACUUUUUUUAACAGAACACAUUGAUAAAUCUCCCUCAAUUUAUUAAAGGACCACUAUAGUGCCAGGAAAACAUACUCAUUUUCGUGGCACUAUAGGGUCUCUAGGUCCCCCCCACCCUUAGGGUCCCCCUCCCGCUGGGCUCUAGGGUGAGGAAGGGGUUAAACACAUACAUUUUCUCCACCGGUGGGGACUCUCCGCCUCCAUUCCUCGUCAUCGGCUGAAUGCGCAUGCGCGGCAUGAGCCUCGUGCGCAUUCAGCCAGUCCAUAGGAAACCAUUCACAAUGCUUUCCUAUGGACGCUGGCGUCUUCUCACUGUGAAAAUCUCAGUGAGAAGCGCGGAAGCGCCUCUAGCGGAUGUCAAUGAGACAGCCACUAGAGGCUGGAUUAACCCAUAGGUAAACAUAGCAGUUUCUCUGAAACUACUAUGUUUACAGCAGAAAGGGUUAAUCCUAGAUGGACCUGGCACCCAGACCACUUCAUUAAGCUGAAGUGGUCUGGGUGCCUAUAGUGGUCCUUUAAUACAAAUGAAAACACUCAGAUGUAACACCCUCUAUACUUGUAGAAAAGAAAAAUAAUGUAAACCAGUUCCUUUUAAAAAAUGUUUCAUGUAUGUGAUGGGAUGAUUAAAAACAUCACUUGAACUUUGGUUCCAUGGAUUAUGAAGACUCCAGAAAUAGUCCCUACUUUGUCUCAGUAUAUCUCAUCUGAAAUACUUAUUUUUAAGGAGGGGUGACAGCGCUGCUUUAACCCCUUAAGGACCAAACUUCUGGAAUAAAAGGGUAUCAUGACAUGUCACACAUGUCAUGUGUCCUUAAGGGGUUAAAUUAAAGGGCAAUUCCAGGAUUUAGCGGAAACCUAUUGCUUAUGCAAUAUAUAUAUAAUACUUUGAAAAUAAUACAGAAAAACAACUCCUCUGCAGAAAAUAUUUACAAAAAUAGGCACUUGUAUGGCAUGUGCUUUUCUACAAGUGCUUGUGCAAGCUAUAGUUUAAUGAAUUCAGUGGACCUCGAUGCACUAUAACCUUUACAAGGAAUAUGUGGCGCUUACAAUACCCCUUUAAUUAUUUGAAUAAAUUAUAAGUUUCUUAAGCUAGUAGAUUGUUGUUUAAUUUCUCUUCAGAGCUUUUGUGAGGUUUUGUUUGAAGAGAUUUUGCAUGCUAAAUUUCAAUUGAAGCAGAGAUUUUGUUUUGUAAAUUGAUUGAUUUAAAACUUACAUUCCUUAUGUUUCAAAAUAAGGACCACAAGAAAAAUAAAUUUUACAUUUCUCAAUUCUCCCAUUGAUAGAAGUGUAUAGAAGAAGACGAAAAAAAUAACAAAGUUGUAUGGUUAUGUCCCUGUGUGAGCAUUAAAGGCACACUAUAGGCACCCAAACAACUUCCGCUCAUUGAAGUGGUCUUGGUGCAUAGUCCCAGAUCCCUUAACACUGAAAAGGUAAUAAUUGCAGUUUUUAAUAAAGUGCAAUAAGUACUUUGAAGGGUGAACUACUAGACAGUUGCUAGAGGGACUUCCGGGUUGUUUUGCCUAACUGAUGCUGGACAUCCUCAUACUCUGCUUGAGAACAUCCAGCGUCACCCAAAACCCCAUAGGAAAGCAUUAUAUGGAAAGUCCUAACGCAAGCGUAACACUUGCCGUGCAUGCGCAUUAGAUCCCCACGUCAACGGAGGAGGUGGUGAGGCAGAGCCUGACUUGGAGAUUGUCUAUUUUGACCUUAAAUUUAUAAUUCACUCCCUGACAAUUCUCAUUUUAAUGGAAAAACCCUGGCAAUGUCCUGCAUACAUUUUUCUACAAUCUCAAUUACAUGAUCCUUUGCCUAAUCAAGAACUUUCUUUGAUUAUUCCAAUAAUUCAGUAGGAUUGUUUUGUCUCUAUAUUUCAGUUUGUUCCUUAGCAGUAUUAAAGUGAUAUUAAGAGAGCGUUUAAAUUUACUGAUUUCUCAUUAUGAAGUACAUAAAGUACAAUAAGCUAUCCGUUUCACCUCUGGACCCUUAAAAACAUUAAAUACUAACUAUAGCUAUGGUUCGAUUUUAGGUUGAAAGGGCAAUUAUGGCACUAUUCCAAAAAAAUAUGGCACUAUUCCAAUAUAAACUUGCAGUCUGCAUUUGAUCAACAAGCAUUUAACUACAAUGUUUCUCCUCCUUUUAACUGUUUGUAUGCGGAAUCAUUUUCUGCUGUUUGAAGUAUGUCUGUAAUGUUUUGCAUAUUUAAUAUUUUUAUUAUUUUAUUAUUUAUAUAGCGCCAUCAGAUUCCGUAGCGCUGUACAAUGGGUGGACUAACAGACAUGUAAUUGUAAACAGACAACUGGACGUACAGGAACAGAGAGGUGGAGGGCCCUGCUCAGUGAGCUUACAUUCUAGAGUAUGAUGUGUUGCUUGUUUGUGUACUUCACAUUUGUCAGCCAUUCUCCUCUUUUGUCUUAUUUAACAAAGUUAUGUUGUUGUCUCAUGCUUUUUGAAAAAAAAAAAUAUUAAUAUAGUUAAUGGCAUACAAUGGUUGUAAUUUUUAUUGUUUUAACCCCUUAAGGACACAUGACAUGUGUGACAUGUCAUGAUUCCCUUUUAUUCCAGAAGUUUGGUCCUUAAGGGGUUAAACAGGCAUACAGGCAAACAAAAUAGUUCUUUGCAAUGUAAUGUGUUAGUUUUAGGAGCUCUAUGUUUUAAAAUAAAAAAAAUAAAAAAUCACGUUGCCAGAGAACCUUAUCAAUAUAGGUUUUAUUUUUCUGAAAACUUCAAAUAUUAAAGCCUGUCGAUGUGUAUUUUACCCAAAAAGCACUCGUAUAGCCCUUUUGAAGAAGUAAUUACAAGUUUGCUUGUUAUGUCUGUAUGAGAUGUGUUAAGGCACAUGUGACUUUUUCCAUUAUAGAUUUGUCAGACAGAAAAAAUACAUUUUGCUGCCUUCAUCCCUUAACAUUUUUGUGUGCUUUUAGAUGUAUUUGUGUGUGAGCGUGCAUAUAUAUUAUAUGAGAUAUAUAUCUAUAUCAUUUGAAUCUUGUUAAAAGGGACACUUAAAACAACAUAAAAACCUAUGUUCAUAAUGUAGGUUAAUGUGCAAAGAUGUCCGUCUGUCCCCACAUACCAGUUCACAGUUGCUUAUACCUGCAGCUGUAAUACUGCCUUUUUUGGCCUUCGGUUUACAUGUCCUACUUUUUCAUCCAAAUAUUUUGUACUGGGGCGUCAGUCCACCAACUGUGUACAAGCACAGUCAAUGGCCAAAAUGCACAGUCCCAUUUGCAAAACAAUUAGUAGAUUGGUGCACAAAUCCUUUCCCCUAUGAUGAACAAAUCAAAUUUCUGUUAAUCUAUGCCGAUGUACAUGUGGAAUCGAUUUGUUCAGUCGUAGAUUAACAGGAACUUGCUAUUAUUAUUUAUUAUUUAUAUAGCGCCAUCAAAUUCCGCAUCGCUUUACAAUGGGAAAAAAAAUAAAUACUUUUUUUGUUUCAUCCAUUGCAGAUGAAAAGGACUUGUGCACAAGUCUAAUUAUUAGCUGUUCCCCUCAUCCUAUGUAAUUAAAACAACUACUGCCAAGUGUUGAACUACAUAUCCUAUAAACUCCUGCUGGACAGUGAUUUAAGGGGUAAGCUUAGACUUCGUAGGCUACAUCAAGAAACUGCUGUUUGGUCGAGUGCCUUCUUGGUCUACGAAAGGCUGUUUGUUACUGCAGCUUGCCUAUAAAAAAUGAAAAAGUAGCUUUCAUUUUAUUGCACAUUUUUCAUUAUUUAACUAUAAAAUGCUUUUAACAAUCGGGACCUAGAGUGUACCUUUUAAGCUAUAGUACAUUUAACGUUCCAUGAACUGGUAUUUGACACAUCACUGGUAAGCAUAUCUAGCCAAAGAUCCAUUGUGCUUCAAUGGAAACAAAGACCACCGUGCAUCAGAUUUGCCUUGAACGUUAUAUGCACAGUUAAUCUUCUCAGCUGUCUUUCUUAGGGUAAACAUUUAUAAUUGCAGUAAACCCAAUAGAGUACUGCCAUAUAAACACUGAUACACUGAUGUAAUAUUUCUAAAUGACUCCAAUGACCAUUGCACAGCCAAAUUUAACUGAAGAAUAUCUAACUAUUUAAAGUUAAGAAACUGCUAAAUUUAUUGUCAUACAUAGUAUGUAUUUUUAUUGCUGUUUGUUAUAUUUAAAAUAUAUAUUCAUUGUCAUUUUGUUAAUAAAGUCUGGACUGU